AUGUCUCAUUAAGGAAAGGAUAUAAACAUAAAUGAUUUUAGCAGCCCUCAUCUUUAAAUAAGCAAAAAAGAUUAAUUUUUAGAAGAAAUAAGAAAUCACAUAUUGUAAAAAUCAAGAAAUGACGUCUGGAGAUUAAAAGGCUAGCCAAACUUUGUUACUCGCCCUUAUGUUGAAUGGAGAAGAGGAGAUACUUGCUGUGCAAUAAUGUGA